UAUCACAAGCGGGGCCAUGGUGAGCCGACUUGCCAGGGCCGCGCUGCUGCUCCUGGCAGUUCCCGGGUGCGCUGCUGGCGUUCAGCAGGCCUCGGCGUCCGAGGGGGAGGCGUCGGAGAGGCCGGUGGCGCUUGCCGGGGCCGCGGUGCAGCCGCUGGCGCCCUUCGGCGAGGCAGCGGCGGGGGAGCGCGCGGGCAGGAGAGCAGCGGCGCGAGCGCGGCCGGCGGUGAGCAGGAGAUCGGGCGCGGAGCCCGUCGCUGUUGACUGUAAGCGUGGACGACCAGACGCAGCACAUGUACGACGCGAAGCACUCGUACGUGCGCGGUGGGCCGCCGCUUAA